GCGUCGUCGCCUGCGCAGGAGGAGGAUAAACGGAUGCUAAUUUAUUUUAAACAAAACUCAUUUCGUUCAUUGACGCAAGACGAUGUCAAUACAACAGAAAGACAGUAAACACCGAGUUUAAGCUUCGAAAGUCAAGGUGUGUCAUCAUGGGGUCUUGGAUGUUGGUUUGGAUUCUGUGUACCACAGUCAUUCUGAUGCCUGUGUGUCUUAAUGGACCAAUAACAGUACAUGUUAAGACUGGACGACCUCUCUAUGUUGCGCUUGGUCAAAAUAUUGUUUUGGAAGCCGAAUUCAAGAAAAAUCCAGACGACGUGAUAGUCAUGGUGACGUGGGACCUGGAGAGAGGGAAGGACACUAUCAGACUCUCGGCUGCUCAGGGAAGCAGAAUAUCUUUGGAGAAAAACAAUGCACUUCUGCAGAUCUCUCAUGUUGCAGAAGGAGACUUUGGGAUCUACAAGGUCACCGUUACGGACAGUAAUGGCUAUCAGGAGCAUGACUCUGUAGAAGUGCGAAAGAUAGAGGAACCUCCAAAGGCGUAUAUUGCACGCAUGUUGGAGUGUGUGGUGGAUAAACAUGACAAGGCGCAGUGGGACAGUCCUCAGUUCUCAUGGCUGGUCGAUGGCAUUCCAGUAACCAAUCAAACCGGCAGUAGACUCAACAUCUCAGAGGUUCAGGGAGUUAACUACACCUGCGUCAUCAAGAAUAGCCUCAACGUAACGUUCAUGACGCAUUAUAAAGCACCAAAAGAAUCUCGGCCCUGUUUUACGGGACUGAUCGCAGUUGGAGUGAUAAUGUUAACAGCAUUCUGUGUGGCUGGGUUAUUUGUCAUGAAGAAAUACAGAGAAAACCACUACCAAAGACCCGGGAGAUGAGCAGCUUCUCAUACACUCAAAGACAGCUUUUUAUUUGAUUUAUUUACAUGUUUAAGCAUUUGAAGAGUUAUUUUGAUUUAAUUUAUUUUACCUAUGUUGAUGUACGUGCUUUUCCUUUCUUUUUUUCAAAACAUGGUGAGCAUUUAUUAGAAAUUAGCAUUUAUUUUAAACUAUUGCUCAUUCUGAAUGUAUGUAACUCUCAAACAGUUCUCAGGGAAAUCAGGUUCUUAAAUGUUCUCAGGUUUUCUUACUGUAUGUCACAUGGAAUCGAUUCGGUUUAGUCUGUACAUUUGUAUAGGCUAUGUUUAAUGUAUUAAUGACAGAAGAAGGUGCUUGAGUUUAUUGUUCAUUGGCUUAACCUUUAAAAAUAACCGUUCUUAAAGUGCCUACAUGGAUCUAUACGUCUUGUUUACAAAAAAAGAUAUAUCACUGUUCAUUAGCGAUCUACCUCAUUUGUUCUUAAUGUUCUGUAUGAGAAUAAGUUUGUUCAGUGAAUAAAAGUGUGUGAAGUGAAGUGUA